AUGACGACUGUUGAUAUGGUGGAGAGCGCGAAUGGCUCCGUCGACCAACCCGGCGGUCCCCCUCUGCCGCUAGCACCCCCGGAGUCAAACCUGGAGAUAGAAGGUGAGGUAGAGGCGGAGGCGGAAGCGGAGGCAGCGCCGGAGGCGGAGGCGGAAGCCGAGGCAGCGCCGGAGGUGGAGGCGGAGGCGGAGGCGGAGGCAGCGCCGGAGGUGGAGGUGGAGGCGGAGGCGGGCGUCGAGCAGCUGCGGGAAAUGGUCUUUAGGUUGAACCCUUUUGCUGAAGAGUUUGUGCCGGCGUCAUUAAGAAAUCCGCCGUUUCGGAAGAAGAGGAGCAUUGAAGCUGAAGAAAGGAGGAUUUCGCUGAGGCCGGAUGCCAUCGGACGAACCAUAUUCGUGUCCGAUGUCGGACGAGAUGUUACUGAAGAGCACAUUGCUGGAUUGUUCAGUAUGUGUGGAAGGGUAAUCGAUUGCCGCAUCUGUGGGGAUCCCCAUUCUGCACUUCGAUUUGCACUGGUGGAGUUCGAUAACGAGUAUGGUGCAAAUGUAGCUCUCAAUUUCGACGGGACGAUUCUUGGAUUUCAUCCUCUCGCGAUCUCGCACUCCAAGACUGCUAUCACGCCUGUCAAUCCUUCGUUGCUGCCUCAGUCUGCUCCUGAAAGGGCAAGGUGUCUGAGGACGGUGUAUGUCAAUAAUAUCGAUAGCCAGGUUACACCGGCAGAAAUAACGGAUUUAUUCGUGACAUACUGUGGCGAGGUCUCUCGUAUGAAGCUUCUGAAGGAUCAUGCCAAUUCAUCCAACAUGGCGUUCGUUGAAUUCGUUAGAGUGGAGAGUGCCGGCAAAGCUCUUUCUUGCAGCGGAAUGGUACUCGGAGAUUCUCCCAUCAGGUAG